GUUAUAAUCAUAAAUUAAUAAAACAACUCGAGAUUAGCCAAAUGAAGAUGUGAGCCACUAAGAAAUUGAGAAUCUGAUUCCUCAAUUUUAAAUUACCACUCAGAAAAGCAAAAAAACAAACAAACAAAUAAAAGGAAAAUUCUUAUUUUUACAACUUGAAAAAAACACCAAAAAUUCAAUUUAGCAGUGCAUUAGUACCCAUUCAAUUCACUGGCAAUCAAUCGAACGACAAAGAUAGGAGUAGGAAGAACAAGACAAAGAUGGAGGGGGAAUUUAAUGGUAUUCUCACUCUUUUGUGAAGAAUAUUCUUUCUUCUUCAUCAUCAUCUUUGUAUAGUUGAACUUUUCCGCCAUUUAUUGAUUUUUUUUUUUAUCAAAUGAUCAUCUGAAUUUAGGGUUUGUGUGUUUGAAUUUGAAAUAAGAAAGGAUUAGUAGCAAGAUGGUUGGGAGGGAUAUGUUACAAUCGUCGUCGAGAUCACAAUUAAGAAGAAAUACUUCUGAGUUGAACUACUUAGCUUCGCCUCGGACGGUUCGACUCGGCAGUGUUCAACCUCAAGCACCUUCUCACCGUUCCAUCUAUUGUAAUGACCGUGAUGCUAAUGCUCUCACCAAAUUUAAGGUCUUAUUUCAAAUUAUUCAUUAUUUAUAAUCGCGGAGAUACUUGCCAAUUUUGUAAUUUUAUUUUCAAUUUUGUAUUCUUUUUAAUUCCUAUUGUUUAAUAUUUUCUCCAGUUUUUUAAUACUCUUAGUUGCUACCCUUACAGGGGAAUAACAGUUUGGGUAUUGAUUUUAGUUAUGUAUGCUCUUGUUGUGCUAGUUGAUAGAUUGUAUGAAUGGGAAUGAAGCUUUUUGUGUUUUGAUAUGACGUUUGAUGGACAUUGAUGAACUCAGAUGGCAAGUUAUGUAUGCUGUUUUCUCAUGGGUACGUACAGGAGUAAGAAUGUCAAUUUAAACAACGAAAUUGUGAAGAAAAUGACGUACACUAUGAUGUGGGCAAAACUUUUAGAAGGUACUGCUAUGUAUGGUGCUUGGGGUAAAACCGUUUGUAGUUAUUUGGGUAGAUUAAUGCAGGGUACAUGGGUCGAGCCCCAGACAAUCCAUAAUGGAGACAGGAGGAGGUAUUUACAUGGGAAUUGGGAUUGCAAAUCCUAUCUAUUUCUAUUUGAUAAUAAUUAAAAUUCUCAAAACAUUACCUUUUAGAAACUUAUUGUGGCUGACUGGUUGUUAAAAUAAUGGUGUAAAUUAAAUUUAUCUCAGCUUGGAAAUUCUUACUUGUGCCUGCCCAAAGCGUGCUUUGCCAAAAACUCCAGAUGACGAACAUACAAGAGCAUAGCCAUUAGUAAUUAAUAAAUGCAGAUGAUGUGGCAAAUUAAACACCAGUUGUUUCAUAUCCUUCUGUUGCAUUCUCAAAACUAUACGGGAGAGCCAGGAUCCAAAGAAAUAUGUUGGCAGGGAAAUUCCGUGUCAACAACAAAGUACAAUGCCUUAACAUUUUUUCCUAAAGGAUUGUUUGAACAGUUCAGACGAGUGGCCAAUUUGUACUUCCUUAUGAUCUCCAUUUUGUCAUGGACACCUAUGAGUCCCGUGAGUCCAAUAACAAAUGUGGCUCCUUUAAGUAUGGUUCUUUUUGUUUCUCUUGUGAAAGAGGCAUUUGAAGAUUGGAAACGAUUUCAGAAUGAUUUGUCAGUUAAUAACACCCUUGUAGAUGUACUACAAGGACAGAGAUGGGAAACUAUUCCUUGGAAAAAGUUGCAAGUCGGUGACAUUGUCCGUGUCAAGCAAGAUGGGUUUUUUCCAGCUGAUAUUCUUUUUCUUGCUAGUACUAAUGCAGAUGGCGUGUGUUAUGUUGAGACAUCAAAUCUGGAUGGUGAAACCAACUUGAAGAUUCGGAAAGCAUUGGAAAAGACGUGGGACUACUUGUCACCUGAGAAGGCCUCUGAAUUCAAAGGUGAAGUACACUGUGAACAACCUAAUAACUCCUUGUACACUUUCACUGGCAACCUCAUUAUUCAAAAGCAGACUUUAACUUUAUCGCCGAAUCAGCUUUUGCUGAGAGGCUGCAGUCUGAGAAACACAGAAUACAUUGUUGGUGCAGUGAUUUGUACGGGACAUGAGACAAAGGUUAUGAUGAAUACCAUGAAUGUUCCUUCAAAGAGAAGUACCUUGGAACGGAAGUUGGACAAAUUGAUUCUUGCUCUUUUUGCAACUUUAUUCAUGAUGUGUCUCAUUGGAUCAAUAGGCAGUGGUCUUUUUAUAGACAUGAAGUACUUUUACUUGGGUCUUGAAAUAGGAGAAAAACCAAAUGAUCGCCAAUUUGAUCCAAGGAACAGAUUUUUGGUGGUUGUCUUAACUAUGUUUACAUUGAUCACUCUAUUUUCAACUAUCAUCCCUAUAUCACUUUAUGUUUCAAUUGAGGGGAUCAAAUUUCUACAGUCUAUUCAGUUCAUCAACAAUGAUUUGAAUAUGUAUCACACUGAAACGAAUACACCAGCAUUGGCUAGGACAUCAAAUUUAAAUGAAGAACUUGGACAGGUAGAGUACAUAUUCUCUGAUAAAACUGGGACUCUCACACGAAACAUGAUGGAGUUUUUCAAAUGUUCAAUUGGCGGUCAAGUCUAUGGAACUGGUAUUACUGAAAUAGAGAAGGGUUUGGCAGAACGCACUGGCACUGAACUCUCAGAGGUGCGGAAAUCAGAUAAUGCAAUUCGAGAAAAAGGGUUUAAUUUUGACGAUGCUAGGCUUAUGCAUGGUGCAUGGAGAAAUGAGCCUAAUCCUGAUAUGUGCAAGGAGUUCUUCAGGUGCCUUGCAAUAUGUCACACAGUGCUCCCAGAAGGGGAUGAGUCUCCGGAGAAAAUUGUGUACCAAGCAGCUUCUCCAGAUGAAGCCGCUUUAGUUCUUGCUGCUAAGAAUUUUGGCUUCUUCUUCUACAGGCGUACACCAACAACAAUUUAUGUAAGAGAGUCACAUGUUGAAAAGAUGGGAAAAGUUGAAGAUGUGCCUUAUGAAAUUUUGAAUGUCCUCGAGUUUAAUAGUACACGGAAGCGCCAGUCUGUUGUAUGCCGAUAUCUUGAUGGAAGGCUUGUUUUGUACUGCAAGGGUGCUGAUUCUGUCAUAUAUGAAAGAUUGGAAGAAGGGAAUGAGGCUAUGAAGAAAGCGUCUAGAGAGCACUUGGAACAGUUUGGAACAUCUGGGUUACGCACACUGUGCCUGGCGUAUAGGAAUUUGAGUUCAGAUUUCUAUGAGACCUGGAAUGAAAAAUUCAUCCAGGCCAAGUCCUCUUUGCAGGACCGGGAAAAAAAUCUGGAUGAGGUAGCUGAACUUAUAGAAAAGGAUCUUAUUUUGAUUGGCUGCACAGCUAUUGAAGAUAAGCUUCAAGAGGGAGUACCGACUUGUAUAGAGACACUAGCAAGGGCUGGAAUAAAGAUUUGGAUGCUCACAGGGGAUAAAAUGGAAACAGCUAUAAAUAUUGGUUAUGCGUGCAACUUGAUAAACAAUAGCAUGAAGCAGUUUAUUGUCAGUUCUGAAACAGAUGAAAUUAGAGAAGUAGAAGAAAGAGGUGACCCGGUGGAAACUGCCCGAUAUACCAGAGAUUUUGUCAAAAGACAGUUGCAGAAUUGCGUCGAUGAGGCCCAGCGAAUUCUUCGUUCCAUUGUUGGACCAAAGCUAGCUCUUGUAAUAGAUGGAAAAUGCCUGAUGUAUGCAUUAGAUACGAGUUUGCGAGGAGCACUUCUAAAUCUAAGCUUAAAUUGCUCUUCAGUGAUCUGUUGUCGAGUUUCUCCUCUGCAGAAAGCCCAGGUAACAAGCUUGGUAAAGAAAGGUGCAAAAAAGAUUACAUUAAGUAUUGGUGAUGGAGCCAAUGAUGUUAGUAUGAUUCAGGCAGCUCACGUCGGUGUUGGGAUUAGUGGGAUGGAAGGCAUGCAGGCAGUCAUGGCUAGUGAUUUUGCAAUUGCACAGUUUCGCUUUCUCACGGACUUGCUGCUUGUGCAUGGAAGGUGGUCAUAUAUUAGAAUAUGCAAGGUUGUAACAUAUUUCUUUUACAAGAAUCUGACCUUUACAUUGACUCAAUUUUGGUUCACUCUUCAAGCUGGGUUUUCUGGUCAAAGAUAUUAUGAUGAUUGGUUUCAAGCAUUUUACAAUGUCUUUUUUACAUCAGUGCCUGUACUUAUGCUUGGACUAUUUGAGAAGGAUGUUAGUGCGUCUCUUUCAAAGAAAUACCCUCAUCUGUACAAGGAAGGAUUAAAAAAUGUCUUUUUCUCUUGGAGAGUUAUUGCUACUUGGGCCUUCUUCUCUGUUUAUCAGUCUCUCAUCUUCUUUUAUUUCAUAACUAUGUCUGGUUCAAAGCCUCAAACAUCAGCCGGAAAGAUGUUUGGUUUGUGGGAUAUCAGCACAAUGGCAUUCACGUGUGUUGUCAUCACCGUUAAUUUACGUCUUCUACUGUGCUGCAGUACCAUAACAAGCUUGCAUCAUAUAAGUGUUUGGGGCAGCAUUAUAUCAUGGUUUAUUUUCAUCUUUGGUUACUCUGGUAUCAUGAGUAAUGGAGACCGGCAGGAAAAUAUCUACUACGUCAUAUUUGUCUUAAUGACUACGCCGUAUUUCUAUCUUGCAUUAUUUCUUGUUCCUGUUGUCGCUCUUAUAGGGGACUUUCUUUAUCAAGGGUUACAGAGAUGGUUUUCUCCGUAUGAUUAUCAGAUUAUGCAAGAGCUUCAUCGGCAUGACCGUGAGGACAAGAAAAGGGCACAGUAUCUUGAGGUUGAGGAUCAUCUCACUCCAGAAGAGCAUAGGAGUUACGCUCUGUCUCAACUCCCUGGACAGAGUUCAAAACAUACUGGCUUUGCCUUUGAUUCUCCGGGUUAUGAAUCAUUCUUUGCCGCUCAAGCCGGUGUGUUUACUCCUCAGAAGCCAUGGGAAGUGGCCCGAAGAGCAAGCGUGAUGAAAUCCCGUGCAAAGCCACCAAGAACAUAAUUCUUUUUUUGCGCCUUUUUGUACAAAACUUAGAUUUUUCUCUCAGGAACUUCAGUAGGUGAUUGUGUCAUAUGUUAGUCUUUUUGUAGCUCUCUUUUCUCCGUAAAAGCACAUAUUUGAUGUAAAAAUAGUCGACUUAGGGGCAACAGUUAAUUAUGAGAUUGUAAAAUUACAAGCCAAAGAUCAAUCCUAGUAGUCUUCUUUUC